GAGGCAAUAUUGUAUAUUUGUUGUUCUAAGUCUUAUUGUAGGACUGCAGGCGUGGGGCUGUCCACCAGGCUUCAAGAAAGUUGGCGAAAAGUGCUAUAAUGGGUCCUUGGAGAAGGUUAAUUGGUUUGAGGCUGAUCGCAGAUGUCGAGCUAUGCAUGCGUCCCUAAUGAUAUUUGAUGAUGAAAAUGAUCGUGAAAUUAGCACGAAUUAUAUGAAAGAAAUAGGCAUAUCUUUUGCUGAUAAUUAUGUUGGUGGUGUUUGGAUGGGCAUCAACUGCGUUGGCAACAACCGAAAGUUUGUGGCAUCCCACGAUGGUUCAGCUGUACCCUUUGAGAAAUGGAUUCCAGGCGAACCCAAUAACGAUAAUGGUUACAGCAUUGAAGAGUGUGUGACGUAUUGUGACGUCAAUGGUUAUGGUUUUAACGAUGAUUCCUGUGCAACUGCUCAUCAAUAUGUCUGCCAAACAAGGUUUAAAUACUAUUAAAUAUUAAAGUAAAAUCA